AAUGCAAUGAACUAAAGAGGUGGAGCAGUAAACGAAGACUUCACUCGCAGGUUUUGUCCUUUUGGUUCAUGGAAAGGCAUGUAUAUUACUAUACAGAGGGUUUUGGCUCUCUUCAAAUCGCGCAAUGCAUCGAGAUGGAGUUCCAGGCCAUCUCUGAAACUGGAAGCCAAGGUUUUGCACCAAAAAAUUGUCACAUUGGGCUUGCAAAGGAGCAUUCCCCUAUCCAAGGGCCUUAUAGACUUGUAUAUAUCUUGCCAAGAUUUCCAAUCCGCCAAGCUGAUUUUCCAGAAUCUGGAGAAUCCUCUUGACAUCACUCUAUGGAAUGGACUCAUGGCGGCAUAUACAGGCAAUUCUGUGUUCAACGAAGCUCUUGAGCUCUUCCAGAAGCUUCUGCUCUUGUCCCCUUAUCUCAAGCCCGAUGGCUACACGUAUCCCAGUGUUCUCAAGGCCUGUGGCGGGUUAGGAGGCCGGCUGGAGUGCGGUAGAACAGUGCACGCCAGUGUGGUUAAGACUGGAUUUGUGUGUGAUGUGGUUGUUGCGAGCUCUGUGGUGGGAAUGUAUGGGAGAGGCGGUGAUUUUGAAUCAGCUGCUCAGGUGUUUGAUGAAAUGUCUGUGAGAGAUGUGGCUUGCUGGAACACUCUUAUUUCUUGCUAUUAUCAGAGGGGAGAAUGCGCCAAGACCUUGGAAUUGUUUGGGAAGAUGAAGGAGUCUGGGUACAUGCCAAAUUCUGUGUCUUACACUGCUGCUAUAUCUUCUUGUGCAAGGCUGUUGGAUUUGGGUAGAGGGGAGAGGAUCUAUGGGGAGCUGGUGAGAAAUGGGAUUGUUCUGGAUGGUUUUAUUUGUGCUGCUCUUGUGGACAUGUAUGGGAAAUGUGGCCAUAUAGAGAAAGCAAAGGAGGUCUUUGAGUGUAUCCCACACAAGAGUUUGGUUAAUUGGAAUGCCAUGAUUGCCGGCUACAGUUUGAGGGGUGACAGCAAAUCAUGCAUUGAGCUUCUGUUGAGGAUGAAUGAGGAAGACGUGCAGCCUUCUUUGACAACCUUAAGCAGCCUGCUAAUGGCUUGUUCUAGAUCAGCCCAAUUGCAGCAUGGGAAAUUUGUCCAUGCUUAUAUUAUCAGACGUGGAAUAGAACCUGAUAUGUUUGUUCAAUGCUCGCUUGUUGAUUUAUACUUCAAAUGUGGAAGGGUUGAGUAUGCCAAAAGAAUCUUUAGUACAACUCCAAAAGGGGAUGUAACAGCCUGGAAUACAAUGAUCUCUGGGUUAGUAUCAGCUGGCAAUUACUUGGAAGCUCUUGACAUCUAUAGUGAUAUGAAGAUGGCAGGCAUAAAGUAUAAUGCUAUUACGUUUACUAGUAUAUUAGUGGCUUGCUCACAGUUAGCAGCCUUAGAACAGGGGAAAGAAGUUCACAAGAGAAUUAUUGAGAGUAAGUUGGAUUCAAGUGAAAUAGUCAUGGGAGCGCUACUUGAUAUGUAUGCCAAAUGUGGUGCUGUUAGUGAAGCUUAUGAGGUGUUCCACCGGCUUCCUGAGAGAGAUAUCGUAUCCUGGACUUCAAUGAUAGUGGCUUAUGGGUCACAUGGCCAAGCUUCAGAAGCUUUACGUCUCUUCCAUGAAAUGCUUCAGUCUAAUGUUAAACCAGACAAAGUUACAUUCCUUGCAGUAAUUUCAGCAUGUAGCCAUGCUGGAUUAGUUGAUGAGGGUUGUCAUUAUUUUAAUUUAAUGGUUACUGAUUAUGGAAUCAAACCUAGCAUCGAAGACUACUCAUGUCUCCUAGAUCUUCUAGGGCGGGCUGGGAGAUUGAAUGAAGCCUAUGCAAUUCUUCAGAGAUCCCCUUAUAUGAGAGAGGACGUUUCAUUGCUAAGCACGCUAUUUUCUGCUUGCCAUAUGCAUAGGGAAGAAGAAAUUGGGGAGGAAGUUGCAAAACUUCUUAUUCAGAAAGGUUCUGAUGAUCCAUCAACGUAUGUCAUUCUGGCAAACAUGUUUGCCACUAGACAGAAAUGGAAUAAAGCGUUGGAUAUAAGAAUGAAGAUGAAAGAACUUGGAUUGAGAAAGAACCCCGGAUGCAGCUGGAUUGAAGUUGAUAAGAGAAUACAUACCUUCCUUGCUGAGGACCAAUCAUUUCCAGAGGCAGAAACAGUAUACGAGUGUCUAAACAAAAUAAACUACCAUAUUUACAAAUAUGAAAUGCUUGAUGUAAUGUGACUGAGGUGGAAUGACCCCUUAGAAAUAGUGAGUCCUUAAAAAACUAAACAUAGUUAUUCAUUUGAUGACUAGUUCAAUGGCAUCAUUACACAUCAAUCACAGAACUAAUUGACCCAGCAAGGAGACUCAGAGUGCAAGGGUAUGGCAACACCCGUGUUGCAAAUGCCUGUUUCUGGCCAUAUCAUCAAGGUACAAAGUUGGUUAUUCUAAUUAAUAGACUUUUAGGAGUCCUUCUCAUGGUGAUACUUCGUAAUUCCUAAGAUGUUGCAAUUUCAUUCGAUAGAGCAACUUGACUUGCCUGAUUUCUGUUGCAGGUAAUCUUGAAAGACUUUGAACUUGUCUUUAAAUGUAGGCUGAAACAAACUGAAAGUUUUGGGUGAUUGAUUAUUUGUAAAUGUAUAUUUCCUGUUUUUCCUCAUACACUUUCGGUCCUUCUAGUCCUGUUGCUGCUCCUUGUCUCAACAAUUUCAUAGUAAUAUUGUAAUAUAAUAUGUCAAGGAAGGGAUGCUAGGAAUAUGAAGAGAUUUAGGCUAUAUAUGAAUAUGUGCAGUAAACCAGAGUUUAAUGACAUUAUUUCAAAUACUGCAUAAAGAAAGUAUGUAGUUUUUACAGAGUACCCUGAACAAGAUGAAAGAAACAAAUACAUGCAAGUAUAACACACUUGAAUUAAAUUCUGGAUGGAAUCAUGGGAGUGGUGUUUUGCAGGUAGGCAGAAGCUGCUGCAACUCCGCUGCCAAGCUUCACUGGGUAACCAAUAUCCUUUAGUACCAUCUCCACUCCAGCGAGACAGCCCAGUAGUUGCAGCUGCAGAAAAUGCGUCAAUGGUUAGCAUAUUCAACUCCUUGGUAUUCAUUACCUUUCUAUUUUGAUAUUCAAAGUGAAAUAUGACAGGAAACCUAGCAAGUAGCAACCCUUUUAAAAUUGUGCUUUGCAAUUUACCUCGUUCAAAUUACCAAGAUGCCCUAUUCUAAAGACCUUCCCUGCCACUUUGUUAAGGCCUAGACCUAAGCUCAAGUUGUAGCGUUUCCAUGCCCUUUUGACAACUUCUGAACUGUCAAUAUAUGAAGGAACAACCACAGCAGUGACUGUGUCACUGAACCAUUCCUCCUUUUGGGUGCAGUUCUUCAAGCCCCACGCCUGCACUGCAAGCCUGCAUUUUCAUGGGGGAAUUGCACGGUUAUUUACGGUUCAAUGGAGAUAGAGAAUUAUGGGUAGUUCUAGUCAAAGGAAAUCCGGAGGAUAGAGACAAUCAUCAAAUCAUCAUUCUUUUCAAGAUUCAGAAACUUCGGGCAAUGGAAUAAUACCUUGUUGCAGUACCUAGGCGAGUAUGCCUUGCAAUCACAUUAUCAAGUCCUUCCUCAAAGAGAAGGUCGAGGCCUGCUCUCAGUCCAUAAAGAAGUUGAAUGGAAGGAGUGUAUGGCCAAUAUGUCCCCAUCUUGUAGAACUUCAAGUAGUCCUUCCAGUCAAAGAAAACCCUCACUGAUUUUGCAGUUUUGCUGGCCUCAAGAGCCUUGGGGCUUGCACAGACAAUUCCAAUACCAGUAGGAAGAGACAGAGCUUUCUGUGAACCAGUUAAUGCCACAUCAACACCCCAUUCAUCCAUGCGGAAAUCAAUCGCACAAAUGGAGGACACACCAUCAACAAGGAGGAGAGCUGGAUGCUGAUAGUGAUCUGAGAAGCACAGACAGGUUUGAAUGUUGAUACUAUUCUUAGAAAAAUAAUGUAUGUAGUCUGAAUUGUUGGGCGGAGGCCGGUGAAGGGCCAAGUCCAGCAAUUGGUGGCUAGGAGAUUGCUGGGCAAAGGCCUAAAGGGUCAAGUCCAACACCCUGCCUCUCAAAAAUAUGGCGGUAUAAGGAAAUAAAGUUGCACCUUCGCUACGAGCUAUAGCUUUUGGCAUAGUGGUAAGCGUUUGAUCUUAACAAGUUCAUAUGGCAUUAUAGUGUUAAUUCAAUCUUUCUUGCUUAAGUUGGACACUUACCGAGCAAUUUUCUUACAGUAGCCAAGUUGUUCGUAACUCCAGUUGCAGUCUCAUUGUGUACAAUGCAAAUAGCCUUGAUGGUAUGCGCUGUAUCCUCUGCUAGCUUUGAAGCCAAAACGUCAAGAUUUGCGCCUUGCCCCCAUUCACUCUCCACAACAUCAACAUUGAAGUUGAGACGCUGCUGCUGAUCAAUCCAGAGCAAACUGAACUGGCCAAUGAGGAAAGACACGAUCCGAUCACCAGGAGACAGCGUGUUGGUAAGUGCACUUUCCCAAGCUCCAGUCCCUGUUUUAUGGAGGUUUCAUUGCUCAUUAGAAUACAAAUAAAUGCAACUAUCUAGUGUUAUGAUGCCCAGUUUAUCAAGACAUGACAUCAUUCAUUUUUUUCAUUUUCUGAACACUUUGUGAUGUGAUUUAGCAUAGGGAACCUGUAGUUGGGAUCAGAAAUGGAGUCCCACUGGUAGUCUUGAAAAUCUUUUUCACAUCCUCAAGUAGAGUCUUUGUCAGUGCUGGAACAGCCGGGGAGCGAUAGUCCUCAUUGUUCCUGGUCAUUGCACGGAUAACUUGAUCCGGGAUAUUGACAGGUCCCGGAACAAAAAGAUGGUUCCUUCCAGGCGCAUUUACGUAGUCCAUUUUCCCCCCUCUGAAUCACACGAGUUGAAAUUCUGAUGUUCUCAAUACCCACACCCUGAAAAAAGUAGGGUUGUAAGUUAAUCCAAAGUUGGAUCUCCUUAUCCCUGAAACUUUCUUUUACUCUAUGUUACAUAAAUGCAAAGAUGUUCUUAACCUGUU